CUAAAUUUUUAUUUUAUUUGUUAGAAGAAUCAAAACAACGCUGCCCCUUGGCUCUUUGUGAUAAUCAACUUUAAUUUUGUGCGUAUAAAAAGAAUAGAAGUUGAUAACCGAGUCCACGUUUAGUGAAAUCAACAGAAAAGUUGGCUUUCAAUUGAAUUCAAACUAUCGAUAGUUUGAAUUAUUACUUUUUGAUAACCUCUCUCUGGUGUAACAAUACGAUAGAUUCAUUUGCAGAAAAGGCACUUGGAAAGUUCUAAGUAAAAAACGAUUCCAUCGCCAAUGUCCAUAGGAUGCCUUCAAGAAACGACGACAACCAAAUUCUUGUGCACAAUGAAGAAAUCCAAGAUGAUAUUCUCGACAAUAGAUUCGGCGGCGAACAAGUGGUGGACGGCGACGGUGGCGAGUUCUACGAUUCUGUAGUCCUGCCCACCACCACUCAACAUCUUGUCCAGCCCAAUGAUCAAUUUAAUUUUACUUAUUUGGUAUUUUACUUACUCGGGGCUGCCACAAUGGCCCCUUGGAACUUUUUCAUAACAGCCGAGGACUAUUGGUUGUUCAAGUUCCGUAAUACAACUUACAAUGGCACUGACCCAGAUCCUCCUCUGACGCCCAUGCAAAAGAACUUCACCUGCGAUCUGACUUUGACUGCGUCACUGGCUGGAAUGACGUUUUUGUUCUUAAAUGCGGUCUAUGGACAUUAUGUGUCGCUGCGUUUGAAGAUGCUCGGAACUAUGAUUGUUAUAUUUUUGGUUUUUAUUAUGACAACGGCUUUUGUGGAAGUCGAUACUGAUACAUGGCAGAGUCAGUUCUUCAUGAUGACCAUGGGAAUGGUUGUUGUAAUAAACAUCUCAUCAGCUGUGAUGUCUGGAGGACUUUUCGGUAUGGCUGGUAUUUUUCCAUCUGAAUAUAUGACAGCUGUAGUGAGUGGACAAGCAUUAGGAGGCAUUUUCACUGCACUAGCAUUUAUUCUUGCAUUAACUUUUGGAGCAUCAGCCAAGACGACUGCAUUUUUGUACUUUUCCAUUGGCAUUUUUAUUGUAUUUCUAUCAAUCGUUACUUAUAUGAUAAUGGAGCGCCAAAAGUUCUUCAAGUACUACAUUAAUAAGAACGCAGGCGACCCAUCAACACCUAAAUCUGGAUUGGCUUUAAAGCCAAAUUUUAAAGAAGUUUUUGGCAAAGUGUACAUGUACAGCAUUAGUUUGUGUACAGUGUUUGCAGUGACGCUGUCAGUUUAUCCAGCUGUUACUGAGCUUGUUCAGUCUGAAGGUGCUGGAAAAAAACACAUAUGGAAUGAUAUUUAUUUCAUGCCAGUUACAAAUUAUUUAUGUUUUAAUUCUGGUGACUAUUUGGGUCGUAUAUUUGCUGGAUUAUUAGAAAAGCCACGAAAUGAUCCACAUUUAGUGCUUUUGUAUACGAUUAUGCGAGUUAUUUUUAUCCCGCUGUUUAUGAUGUCAAAUUCUCAUCAUUACUUCCUUCCAACUGUGGUCAACUCCGAUGUGAUAUUUAUUAGCAUGAUGGUGAUAUUUGCAAUAAGUAACGGAUAUCUCACAAACAUUAUUCUCGUAAUGGCUCCCAAAUCCGUUAUGCAACACGAAAAAGAAAUGGCCUCUGCAAUUAUGGCGGCAGCUCUCAGUGUAGGAAUUGCGUUGGGUGCAAGUGUUAGCAUGGUUUUCGUGGAGCUCCUUUAACUUUUAAAUUAAAACCACGUAUACUCGUAGGCCUACCUAUAUAAAUAUUUUUUAUAGAUUUUAAGUAAAAA